AUGGCGCGCGACGGCAGCCCGCGCGCCGCGGAGGAGGCCGCGUGGCUGCGGCGCAUGCUGGAGAAGGAGCAGCAGGCGCGCGCCACCGCCGAGCAGGCGCUGGCGGCGGAGCGGCUGCGCAACGCGCUCCUGGAGAGGGAGGCCGCCCAAGACAUGGGCGACAGCCUCUGCAUGUACCUGUCCAACAGCCGCGACCCCGCAACGGCCUCGCUGGACGCCGAGGGCGGCGGCACCCAGCUGCCCUUCCCGGCCGCCAGCCCAGGAAAUUGGAGCGUCUACAGCACCAAGGGCCUCGGCCUGGACCGCCCACUCGCGGCCGCAGACGACUCGGCGCGCACGCCCCCCGCGGGCCGCGAUCAGCGUUCCCGGCUCGGCGGCGGCGGCGCGGGGGCGCACGCGGCCGAGUUUGCGACGCCGCAGCGGCCGCUGCCGUGUGACGAGGCGGCGGAGGACGCGACCAGCGUCGGGGGCCGCGGCGGCCAGGGGCGGCUGCACCAGCAGAUUGUGGAGAUGUCCACGCGACUCAAAGGUUUUGCCAGCGAGUGGGUGCAGCGCCUGGAGGCGAUGGAGGAGCGGCCCAGAGAGGGGAUCGCCUCCGACGCGCGGCAGGCACCCCCGGAGGUCCCGCAGGAUGCGGCGCAGCAGCCGGCGACCACCGGACAGCGGCCGCAGCAGCGCCCGCUGGAGACGCCAGUGGUACCGGCCCAAACUCGGCGCGACGGGGUUGUGGCGGAGGAGCCCCUGGCAUGCGCUGAGGGCAGCCCCUUGGAGGCGUGGUGCGCCCAGCAGCAGCAGCGGCGGCCGCAGCUCAAUGCGCAGCGGCAGCAGCGAGCCCAGCCGACGCCAUCCGCGUCCGAUGAGAGCGGCGCGGACGGGCGCGUGGAGGUGGGGUUGGCGCUGGUCACCUGCGACGACGCGGCCUGCUUCCAGGACGCCUGCCCCUCCUUUGGUGAUGACAGCCGCGGCGGCCCCGCGCACGACCCGUGGCACCACCAGAUUCCCGGCGGCGGCGCGGAGCUCGACCGCUACACGGGCAGCAGCGGGGACCACGAUCACGGGUUUGUCGACGCCCAGCCGCCAAGCCCCGCGCACUCGGCCGCAUCCGGCCCGCUGUCGGCGGCGCGCGGCGCGCUCAGCUGCCGCCUUGCGGCGCGCGCAGGCCGCGCGCAGCCUCAUCCACAUGCCGCCGCCGCCGCCGCCGCCACGGGCGUGACGGCGCCCGCGGCGCCGCCGUCGCAGGCGGCGCCGCACGGAUGGGCGGGGGCGGAUGGGAACGUGAGCAAAAGCUUCAGCCACGCGAGCAACGGGAGCGGGGCGGCGCAGGAGGAAGCGGGGCUGCGCAGCAGCAUUACGUCGCCGCUGAUGGACCCUGACGUGGACCUGGCACCGCCUCGGAAGAGCGGCAUGUCGCGCGCCGGCACUCGCCCGCUUGGCGACGUGUCGCGAGCCGGCGGCGCGCCGGCGGCGCAGCAGCGCGCGGCCGCAGCCGCAGCCGCAGCGCCGCCAGAUUUUGAGUCGUCGGACGACGACGAUUACUACGAAGAUCCCACUAAAUCGACUGUCACGAUGACGGUCGGUGCCGCCGGCCGUGCGGCCGGCAAGGGCGCAGCGGCCGCGCAGGUCGCAGCCCCAGCACUGCAGCAAGUGGCCGGCGACAGGCGGACGACGGCAGAAGCAGCGGCCGAGCAUUUCGCGGCGGCAGAGCGCGCCACGGCGGCGCGUGCGGCGCGGCGGACGGACAGCGGCGCAAAGGAUCGGCAGCAUGCCCUAAAUGAAGCCCUGAAGCUGCUGCACUCAGAGUUCGCAGAGCCUGCUGCUCCAAUGGCCGCGGCAGCCGGCACAGAGGGAGGCAGCGCUGAGCAGCAGCAGCAGCAGCAGGAGCAGAAGCAGCAGCAAGCGGCUGGCGCCGCAGCGUCCCCGCCGCAGGCCUCGCGCCGCUCCAGCUCCGCGGCCGCCGGCGACACACACACCCUGCCAGAGGCAGCCCCUGCCGCCGCGACCGCGACGCUGCCGCCCCCGACGGCCCCCGCCUGGUCCGUCUCCGUCACGCCCCACAACACCGCCGCGCGGCCGCAGCCGCGGGCCGUCUUCUUGUACGCCAGCCAGACCGGCAACGGCAGGGAGAUUGCGCGCACACUCCAAACCGAGGCCGGGCGCCGCGGCGUGCCUGCAGAUGUGAUGGCCCUCGACGAGCUCGGCUUCCCCUCCUUCGGCGCGUCCAAGACGCCCGUCGCCGUCAUAGUGACGUCAUCCACCGGCGACGGCGAGCCGCCCGACAACGGUGCGGCGUUCUUCAAGCAGCUGCUCGCGCCGGCGCAGGCCAAGGGGUGGCGGCUCGAGGGCGUCAAAUUCGCGCUGCUGGGGCUGGGGGACUCGAGUUACUCGAGGUUCAUGGCGGCGCCGCGGGCGAUGAGGGCGCGGCUGGUAGAGCUCGGGGCGGAGGAGUUUUACGCGGCGGGGGAGGCGGAUGACUCGGAGGGCAUGGACAAGACGGUGGAGCCCUGGUGCGAGAACCUAUGGGCGCCCCUCAAGACCGCCCUCCUCGACGCUUCUGGCGGCCCCGGCGGAGGCGGCGCCGCCGUUGCUGCGCACGCGCUUGCUGGCACGCUCGCGGCGGAGGGCGGCCCUGCCCUGGCAGCGGCGCACGCGCCGUUGGCGGCGGCGCCGCGCCUGGCUGCAGAGGCCAGCAAGGGAUCGGCAGCGCAGGCAGCUGCGGCUGUGGCCGCGGUGCCCAAAGUGUACCUGGAAAUCUCGAUGAUGUCACUCGGUGACUCAGCGGACCUGGGAGAGCUCGAGCCACCCAGCCGGGCGGAGGGCGGUGGCAGCGGCUCGCGGCCAGGUUCGGGGCCGCAGCAGCAGCAGCACCUGUCGCAUCUUGCACCAACGGUGGCCGGGGUGCAGCUGCGGGGUUCGGAAAGGGAGGCGGCAGAGGAGGGGGCACCACAGGGCCAGCCUUUGGAGGAGGAACGGCAGCAGGCACAGGAGGCUCGAUCAGAUGCGAAGCCACAGCAGGAGUUGUCUGCAGAGGAUACGGAGGAGCAGCAGCAGGAGGAGGAGCAGCAGCAGCAGCAGCAGCAGCAGCAGGAGGAGGAGCAGCAGCAGCGGGACGAGGAGCAGGAGGAGGAGCGGUCGCAGCAGGAGGGGGAUGAUCAGGCGCCGCAGGAGGAGGGCCCGCAGCAGGCGCAGCCGCAGGCAGGCCAGCCGGUGCAGGCGGCGCCGCGGGAGCCCGGCGGGCUGGUUGGCGGCCUGGCGCCAGAGGGGGCCGACCUGAAGGGCGCCCCAGGGCUGGCGCCGCCGCGGGUGGAGGUGUCCUUCGACGUGGCACCAGCGGUGUCCGAGGAUGUGCGGGCGCGCGAACUGUCCUGGCCCAGCGAGGAGCAGCGCAAAUUCCGCAAGCCGACUGGCGCGUACAGCGCAGCCGCACCUUUUUAUGCGCGCGUCGCAGAGGCAAGGCUGCUCACGGCCCCCGGCUCUGACCGUGUGGUCGUCCACUGCGAGCUGGACAUCGCAGGCAGCGGCAUCACACACAAGGCCGGCGACGCACUUGCUGUGCUGCCGCAGAACGACCCUGAAAUGGUCGCGGCGCUGCUGCAGCGCCUGGGGCUGGAUGGGGAGCGCGUGUUUGAGAUCAAGGCGGCAGGCCGGCCAGCCCCCGGCGCCACGCUGCUGCCGCACAUUGUGUCGCCCUGCUCCCUGCGCCACGCGCUCACGCACAACGUGGACAUCGCGGGAAAGCCCCAGAAGGGCCUGCUGCGGCUGCUGGCAGAGCACUGCCGCAACGAGGCCGAGAAGAGGACGCUGCUUUUCCUGUGCGCCAAGGCGGGUGCCGCUGACUACACGCGGGAGAUUGUGGCCGGCCACCCCUGCCUGCUGGAUCUGUUGAACAGAUUUGCGAGCUGCGCGCCGCCGCUGGCGGCGCUGCUGGACGCCCUGCCGCCCCUCGCGCCCCGCGCCUACGCUAUCAGCGCCGCGCCCGCCGCCGGCGCCGGCGCCAGCGCCGCGCGCCUUCAGUUUGCAUUCCGCGCGGUCUCAUUCCAGGCGCCCUCAGGCCGCUGCGCCGGCGUCGCGACGGGCUGGCUGCAGCGGCUGCUCGCGCCGCGGCUGGCCGGUGAGGGCACAGCGGACGCCGAUGCGUGGAUGCCGAUUCUGCUGCGGCCGUCUCAGACGUUUGCGCCGCCGCCGCAGCUGGCGACGCCCCUGAUCAUGAUCGGCUCGGGCACCGGCACCACGCCGUUCCGCGCGUUCCUGCAGGAGCGGGCCGCCGCCAGGGCGGCCGCCGCCGCCGGGACCGCGGCCGCCGCAGCCGCGCCGGCCGUCGGCGAGGCGUGGCUGUACGCCGGCUGCCGGCGGCGCGACGAGGACUUCUUAUAUGGCGCGGACUUCGAUGCCUUCGAGGCGAGCGGCGACCUGACGCGGCUGCGCGUCGCCUGCAGCCGCGAGGGGGACAAGAGGGCGUACGUGCAGCACCUCGUGAGGCAGGACGGCGCCGCGCUGGCCGACCUGAUCGUGCGGCGCGGCGCGCGCGUGUGCGUGUGCGGCGAGGGCUUGGGGAUGGCCAGGGAGGUGCACGCGGCGCUGGCGGCCGUCCUGCACGCGCACGUGGGGAUGAGCGAGGGAGAGGCGAAUGAGGAGCUGCGGGCGAUGGCGGAGGCGGGGGCGUAUGUGAGGGAGGCGUCGAGCCCGUGA